AUGAACAAGGGAAGAGAAGCGAUUCUUAGAUGGUGCCAACGAAACUCCUACGGCUAUGAAGGAGUAGAGAUUGACAACUUUGACACGUCAUUUGCCGACGGAUUGGCAUUUUGUGCUUUGUUGGAUAGUCAAAGGCCAGAUCUCCUCAAAGACUCAGGUCUCGAAUGGGAUGAUUUGUUACGUGACUUUACUCGUCUCGAGCGUUUAGAAUGGGCAUUUGGUAAAGCAGAUGAAAUUGGCAUUCCUCGUCUUUUGGAUCCAGAAGACAUUGAUGCUGAACGUCCAGAUUCCAAAGUUGUCAUCACUUACCUCUCCGGAAUGAUUAAAUUCUUCCAAGAUGAUUCUGCAGUCGAUGAAGCAGCACAAGUGGAUAAACCAACAGGAUCAUUUGCUGCUGCCAUUGAUGAUUUGAUUUCUUCAUCCAAGAAGGACGCCAAAUCUCCAAAAUCACCAUCAACCACUGCUACUACCACUGAAAAGAAGACAGUUCCAAAACUCAAUCAAGAACAACCUACCACCACGACCACUAAAAAAGAAGUUCCUCUCGAAAAACAAUUAGAAAAUCUUGAAAAGAUGUUUCAAAAGGGACUUCUCGAUCAAGCCGCCUUUGAAAAGGGUAAACAAAAGAUUAUGGAAAAGAUGAAGGAACAACAAGCUCAAUUGAGUGCUCGCAGUGAUCAUUCAUCCAAUUCCGAGACCUCAUCGACUUCAUCUCAAAGCAAUGAUCCAAAUGUCGAUAAGACUGCUAAGGCCAUUGCUAAUUUACAAAAACUCUACGAAAAAGGAACUCUCUCAGAAGAGGAAUACAAAAAGGCUUUGGAAAAGUUAAAGGCUAAACAACAAGGAAAUGCUCCUCCUUCCACAACCAAUACAACUGCUACAGCUACAACUGCUACAGCUACUGCAACUGUGAGCAACGGAAGUGGAGAUUCUUCAUUGGACACCUCAAAAUUCUCUCCUGAUCAAUUGAAACAAUAUGAAAAGUUGAGCAAGAUGCAUUCAAGUGGAUUAUUGAACGAUGCCGAUUAUCAAAAGGCUUUGAAUAACUUGUUAGAUAAGGUGAAUAAGGGAUCCUCUCAAACUUCAACCACUACUUCUCCUGCUUCUACUAGCAGUACGAGCUCUCCAAGAACUCCCAAUGUUUCUACUCCAACUGCUACUUCAACUGCUACCUCAACCUUCAAAUCAUCCGUUCCAUUGGACAAGAUUCAAGACACCAAGAAAUUAAACAAUUUAAAGACUCUCCUCAAUAAGGGAAUUAUGACUGAGGAAGAAUUUGAGAAAUCUGUACAGAGAUUGUAUCAACAAGAACAAGAAAAACAAAAUACUACUUCAUCACCAACACCUCAACCAUCUGCAACCUCUGAAUUCAAGACGGAUAUUGAUAUUGAUAGUUUGAAAGAAGAAGAUUUAGAUGAAAAGACAAGAGGUCGUUUAAAGGCCAUUGAAAGAAUGUACAAUGCUGGUCUCUUCAAAGAUAAUGAAUAUGCUCAUUCCAGAAGAAAGAUUAUUAUGCAAGGAUUGCAAGAAAAUGGUGGGUCAUUCCCCAAGUCAUCAUCCACAGCAAGUACCACUACUUCAUCUACUGCUACGACUAGUACUUCUGAAAAGAAGCCACCUGUUACUUCUUCUACAAGUACACCUUCUUCAACUUCCACCAAUCCUAGAAAGAGAACCGAAAGUGUUCUCAUUCAACAGCCAAAUCUUCCUAAGGAGAUAAAUGCAGACAUUGAGGAUUACAAAUUACUCUAUGAAAAGUUAUUACUCGAACACAAGCAAUUGGCUGAAGAAUUUGACGAAUUGGAAGAGGAAUAUUCUGGAUUGCAAGAACAAUUAUCUACCUUGUACGAACAAUCUUCAACAAAGAAGACAGAAGCUCCAAAGGAAGAAGUUCCAGAAGAGUUGAUGCCAAUUGUUAAGAAGAUUGUGUUGAGAAAGAAGGCUGCUAUGGGUAAAUCGUUUGAUGUGAUUGUUAUUUAUCCAAAUUGUGAUGACAGUGGAAACCAAGUGUUGAUGACUGAAAAGGUGAACAUUCACUAA